GUUAGCUUGACUAAGUUAAAUGACGUCACCCUUAGCUCCCGGUUAAAACUCUUACGGUCCGGUGUCCUCCGGUAAUUAACUGACUAAAGGUCUCUCGGGGACAGAUGAACCGAACUCCCCGGUGUCCACAUGAACACAGCCGACGUUAACCGAGCCGUUCCGACCGGGUUUAACGGCACUUUUAGGCUCGAGGAACUGUUUUAACCGGAGCUGCGCAGACAGCGGGGAGGACCGGAGGACCGGAGGACCGGAGGAGCUCUGACCAGGUUGUCUCUGUGGAUGUUACCGGAGAAAUGAGCAUCACGGAGUUUCAGUGGAGCCUCUCCCGGUGCUCGGACACGGUGAGGUAACGGGACGGGGUCAGACAGCAACCUGUGGCUGGUUGCCGGUGACGCAGGGAGGAUGAGCGGGGCUGCCGUGCUGCUGCUGCCGCUGCUGCUGCUCAGCGGCCGGGACGUGUUUACCUCUGCCCGGUCCCUGAACGCACCACAGGACGGAGCAGUCCAGCCCGUGGACGGACAGGCGGACGGUACCGACGCCCUCACCGUGACAGGUGUGGACAGGCGGUGGCGCCCCCUGCUGGGGAAAACUCGACCCUUCAUCCUGGUGGACGGACAGAGGAGGAGCCUCGCUGAAGCUCUACAGGACGGUCACCCCGACAGGCUGCAGUGUGGGCUGGAGGUGAGGGGCCGACUCUUCCUGCUGGACCUGGAGAAGAACCAUGACCUGCUGCCCAAACCGCCAAACGUCUUCUACUAUCUGCCCAACGGCACCGGCGUCUCUGUGAGGGCCCACCCUGUGACUCAUUGUUAUUACCACGGCAACGUCCGAGGAUUCCCCCAGUCCAGAGUCGCUCUGAGCACCUGCUCCGGACUCCGCGGCAUCAUCGCCAUCAACUCCACCCUGAGCUUUGAGCUGAAGCCUCAGGAGGACAACGUCCACCACCCCCACCACCAGGGGGCGGAGGAGGGCCGAGCAGGGGAGAGUGGAGCAGACGGGAGUGGAGGGAGCGGAGGAGGAGGAGUAGUAGAUGAAGAUGGAGUCCACCUGCUGUUCUCCACCAGCCCUCUAGAGGGCGACAGUGCUGGAGGCUGUGGAGUCUCUCACACCGCUGUGCCCCCGAUCCACAGCUCCACACACACACACCGGUGGAAGAGAGACAUCCUGUCAGAGACCAAAUACAUCGAGCUGGUGCUGGUGGCCGACCACCAAGAGUUCCUGAACUACCAGAAGAACAAUAAGACCAUCAUCUACCGCAUGCUGGAUGUGGCCAACCAGGUUGACUGGUUCUACCGUCCUCUGAACGUGCGUGUGGCGCUGACCGGUCUGGAGAUCUGGAGCGACCGCGAUAAGAUCCGGGUGGAGAAGAAUCCCACCGACACCCUCACCAACUUCCUGGAUUGGAGAGCCAGAGAGCUGCUGCCCCGCCUUCGCCAUGACAACGCCCAGCUCGUCAUGGGCGGAUCUUUUGACGGCACCACGGUGGGGAUGGCGUCUCAGUCGUCCAUGUGCUCCAGAGACCGCUCGGGUGGAGUCAACGUGGAUCACCUGGUUAGCGUGCUGGGCGUGGCCUCCACCGUUGCUCACGAGCUCGGUCACAACCUGGGGAUGAGUCACGACACCGCAGAGCGUCGCUGCGCCUGUCAGAACGAACCGCGGCUCGGAGGAUGUAUCAUGGAACCCUCGACCGGGUUCAUGCCGGGGCAGCAGUUCAGCAGCUGCAGCGCUGCAGAUCUGUCCACCAGCCUGCUGCACGGCGGCGGGAUGUGUCUGUUCAACGUGCCGCAGCCCGACCGCCUGCUGGGAGGACCGCGCUGUGGAAACCUGUACGUGGAGAAAGGAGAGGAGUGUGACUGCGGCCUGCUGGAGGAGUGUGAGGAUCCCUGCUGUAACGCCUCCACCUGUAAGCUGGUUCCUGGAGCUCAGUGCUCAUCUGACGGCAUCUGCUGCCAGGACUGCAAGCUUCGGUCUGCGGGUUCGGUGUGUCGUGACCCGCUUGGUGAGUGUGACCUUCCCGAGUUCUGCACAGGCUCCUCCCCCUACUGCCCCCCCAACGUCUUCCUGCAGAACGGGGAGCCCUGCGAGGACAGCGCCUCCUACUGCUACGGAGGAGUCUGUGCCAGCAUGAACACUCAGUGCCAGAUGCUGUGGGGACCCAAUGCGACCAGCGCUCCGCCUGUCUGUUUCUCUUCAGUCAACAAACAAGGAAACAAAUUUGGAAACUGUGGUCAGCUAACCAACGGCUCCUACAUCCCCUGUGGGAACACUGAUGUUCAUUGUGGCAGGAUCCAAUGUCAGGGCGGGAGGCAGCGCCCCCUGCUGGGCACCAACGCAGAGAUUCUCACCACUAAGGUCAAAUUUAACUACAGCGAUCUGGUCUGCAGAGGAACCUUCUUCCACCUGGGAGACGACGUGUCAGACCCCGCCACCGUGGCCCAGGGCACCGCCUGCAGCCCCGGCAAGGCCUGUUUGAACCAGAAGUGUCAGGACGUGUCGGUGUUUGGUGUGGAUGAAUGUCGUAGGAAGUGUAACGGUCACGGGGUGUGUAACAGUAAUAAAAACUGUCACUGUGAGGUGGGCUGGGCUCCUCCUGAAUGCAGGUUCUCAGGUCACGGAGGCAGCGUGGACAGCGGGCCGGCCAGAGCUGCUGGAGAGUCUGAUCCGGUGCGAGUGGCCCUGCUCAUCAUUUUCCUCUUCAUUGUGCCCGUCGUCCUUCUCUUCCUCGCUCUGCGCUUCCCUCGAUUCAGACGGAGUCUCCUCUGUGUCAACAGCCCGUUUCAUAAAGCUCGCCAACACAGCCGUGUGACUGACUUUGAGAUGUUGGGUCAGGAGUUUGUCCCCGCCCACGUCUCCAGGACGCCGGCGAUGGAGCGAGUGGACGGCAGGAACGGGGAGCAGGUCCGACCUCUGAGAUACCACCUGAAGCCGCAGACCGACAUCCCACUGACCUCGCCCUGCACAGAGGAACAUGACAGACCUGCUCCUCCCUCUAAGCCACUCCCCCCUGACCCCGCCCUAAAACCCCCGCCGCAGCGACCUGCCCCCCCCACCAAGCCUCUGCCCCCCGACCCCCCCAACCAGCUGCUGGUGAGUCGACCAGCUCCGCCCGACAAGCCACUCCCCCCUGACCCUGCCACACCUGGACAGGUCCCUGGGCCACCCAAACCUGUGGUUCCCAUUAAGCCCCGCCUUCAGGUUCUGCUGUCCCAGCCCCCCCUCCCACCACAUCCCGGUUACACCAGCACCACCAAACCACAGCGUCUCCGAGCCGUCACACCUGCAGCCGGGAUCAACAGGCGACCUCCUCCUCCUCCUCCUCCUCCUCCUCCUCCUCCUCCGCUUCGACCCGGAGCUCCUCAGAAAGUCGAGACGUCUCCGCUUUAACCUCGACGCACUCGGACACUCUGAACGACCCGAUGAAGAGGACUCUGAUCUACUCUCUCGUCUUCGCUGACCUCAAACUGUAAAUAAAUCUCCUCCUCUAAUCUUCAGUGCCUUGCUCCGCAGCACGCCGCAGAGGGAAAGCGGACACUCGGGAAUCAAACCCCCGACCUUUAACUGCUGAGGAUGUCACAGUCCAGUGUCCUGGUGUGAUGAAUGAUACAGCGCCCCCUGCAGGGGGAUCAGUGCCUUUCUCAAACACUGGAAUCAAACCUGUGAUGAGCAGGAGGGUUCCCAAACUGUGGUCCGGGACCCUGAAGAGGGUCCUCUGGACAUUAAAAAUAUAUUUUUAAGUUUAAAAAAACUUUUCAGUAAAACUUUAAAAUAGAAGGACGAACACUGAAAGGAUGUUAUCGUCAUGGAAACAAAACGUCCUGAUGGACUCGACCACCGUGAGUUAAAUAUCGUGGAAUAAUCCUUUAAAGGAGGAGCGUCCUCGGACUUUGUGACUGACUCAUCAGGUCAACCACGGCGAGAUUAGUGAUGCAUUCUGGGAAAAAAUCUGAGAAUUUAAGAAUGAAGUUGAAAAACAUUAAAAAUUCAGUUUUAAUAAGGUGUGUGUGUGUGUGUGUGUGUGUGUCUCAGUCCUGUGAUUGGCUGUUGACCUGUCCAGGUGUAACCCCGCCUCUCGCCCAACGACAGCUGGGAUUGGUUCCAGACCUCGUUGAAGUUAAGCGUUAGACAUGAUGGAUUAAAUUCAAAUCAAAUUUAUUUUUAAACACUUUAUUUUAUUUUGUAAACUUUGAAUGUGACUGAAACAUUUUCACUUUAUUCUGAAACUCUCAGACUUUACUCGCUCGUCCUCUGAUGAGUCAUCCUCCUCCCGUUGGAUGGCCUCGAUGAUUUCCUCGUUGGACUUUGGACAGGAAGUGAACGUUAGCCUUACAGGAACAAGUUUUUAUUGACUGUAGACUCACACCAAAGAUGCUGUCACAUUUAUCGCCUCUGUGCUUUUAUUUUGAAACCUGCUGACACUUCUGAUAUCGACACUUUAUCUGAAAACGUAACCGCAGAUUUCACAGAUGUUCUGAAAAGCGAGCAGCUGCAGAGUGAUUAAACGGUUUGAUUUUUAGUUUCCAGGUGAAGAAGACGGACCGAUAACAGAAACGACAAUAACAAACCAUAUCAACAGCCGUUUGUUACCACGGCAACACAAACAGAAUAUUUGGUAAUGAUUGAAAUAUUAAAGGUUGCACGUCUGAGUUACACAAACACGUUAGCCGGUGCUUUCUCUCUUUUGGUUUUACUUUUUAAAACUGUUGAUCGUUAAAAUAAAAGAUUCUAUUGUUUUCAAAACGUGUUUUUUAAAGAAGCCUCAGAGCUGCAGGUCGUUACAAACGUUAAGUGUUUACUCGCUUUGAACUACGCCGACGUGUAAUAUGCAUAUAACCACUAGGGGCAGUGUUGGGUUGUGGUCUCAGUCUCUACUUCCUGUUUUGAGCCCCCUGAUGUAUGAGCUGCUCCCUCUAGAGGACUCCUCCAGUACCACAGGUUGUUCAUCCGUAUGUAAACAUUUACGUUCAGGACGCAGCCGGUCGUCUUCACGUACGCGAGGUUCAAAAGCGAGAAUAUCUGAGCCCUGAAGACGAGACAAAUCAUCCAAAACCGACUUUCCAGACGACUUCUGCUCACGUCACUUUUUACGUCUCAGGUCGAAAUCAAACAAAGAGUUUAAAUCUGAAGCAGCUUCAGCAAAAGGUGUUUUUAUCACACACACGCCAGCAGAACCGCUGCCUUCCUCUGGUUCAGCGCGCUCGCCGGGCGCACUUUUUGUUUUGCUAGCGGUUCACCAGACGCAGAGUCUCGCUCAGGGCGUUUUUGGAGCUGCAGCGUCUAGCCGACGCGUCUCCUUAUGAUCGGAGUCGAGAACAAUGAAGGAACAUGAACAUAAAACAUGCUAAGCUAACGUUAUCAUCUCAGCUGCUGAAAUUGUUGCUUCUCACUCAGACGUGUGAUGGACAACUUUAGUCAAGCCACGCCCAGAUUGUGAGAUUGCCCCGCCCACAGGAAGUGAUGUCACAUCUAAUGAUGUUGACAGACCGUCCAGCAGGACUGAAUGUUUUCACCGGAUCCUUAAAAAGACGAAGCAAACUCGACCUCAUCCGGCUGUCUGAUUGGUUGAUUGAUUGACAGGUUGAUUGAUUGACAGGUUGAUUGAUUGACAGGUUGCUAUUCAUGCUGUUGUGUUCACUUGUUUGCUGCUAAAGGAAAGUUCCACAAUAAAUUUACUUUCUUUAAAAUA